AUGCUAAGCUUAUCCGACGUCGCUGUAAAUUGCAUCCAUAAAAUUUUGAGUAUACUUAUCUGCCACGACAAUGAUUUGAGACGCAUAAAAACGGAAUUACAUAAUCUUCAAGAUGAAUUUAAAGAGUGUGUGGAUAAAAUAAAUUUUGGGUUUCCGGGAGAAAACAAAAAGAAAUGUGAAGGAUCUGAGAAAAUUAUACUUUUAACUCGGAAAAUUACCACGAUGCACGAUGUAAACGAAUGUUUUUCAAAGAAAAUCGAAGCACUUAAGAAACACGGUGAAGAAAUUGUUAGUAAUGCACGACAAUGCAUUGCAGAUUUAAAUGCCGAAAAAUGCAAAUUCAGGCAGUUUCAUGAAAAAAGCAUCGAUUACUUAAAACGAUAUGCCAUACAAUCGGAUGAUACAACUGUCAUAAAUAAUUGUGAAAGGGAUAUUUGCGAAAUGCAUAAACUUUUUGUCAAAGAAGUUUCUUUGAUAAAGAAAUGUGAAACAGAGCUGGAAUCAUUUUUUCAAAUAUGUAUUUUACAAAAUGCAAGCAGUUGUUGUUGUUUCAAAGAUUAUAAUUGGCUACCACAAGGUAAAACCCUCCACAUAGUUGAUGGUCUUGUUGAAGAAAUAAAAUGUCUAAUGGGCACAACAUUAAGUAAAGCUUUUGCCCAGUUUUAUGUUCAUCAUUCAGCAGAAAUUAAAUCAUUUUUAGCGUCAUAUCUUAUGAACAUUGAACACAAUGAAGAAGUACUUCAAGAAAAAUUAAAUAUUUUUGGCAACUUGACUUGAAUUUAAUUAAAAUUGUUUAUCCAUAAUUAUAUUAAUAUAACUGUAUAUUUGUUUUUUUAUUUGCACACCAUAUAUUGACCCAAAAACUACAAGUAUUACGCAUUCAAAUCAUUGCUACAAAAAUUAUUUAUAUUGUACUUUGUCGCACAAAGGAUGCUUUAAAAUAUCUGAACUUAAUAUUGGUAUGGUAUCCACAUUUAAUAAAAAUAAUGUACAUACAUAUGGAAACAUUUCCAUUCAUGUAGUAUGAUAUGA